AUGAAGGGCAAGGACAUUCGUCUCAAGGACAUUCCAAACUUUUUCAUAACAACUGAUCCAAACGACGAAAUAUUUAAUUUGGCAACGGAAUCGGCGCAAAGAGCUGCGGAAGCAUCGGCAAUCGGCAUCCAAACUUUCGACGCGUUGGAGGCAGAGGUUUUGGAGGCUCUAUCCUCCACAUUCCCUAACAUUUACACCAUUGGUCCUCUUCAGUUACUUCUAAACAGCGCACCAAAUGAAGACGACAAAUUGGAGUCUCUGGGCUACAAUCUAUGGAAAGAAGAGACAGAGUGUCUCCAAUGGCUAGAUUCGAAGGAACCCGGUUCGGUUAUUUAUGUAAACUUCGGCAGCGUCACCGUCAUGUCACAGCAGCAGCUGGUGGAGUUCGCUUGGGGACUGGCCAAUAGCAAUCACGACUUUCUUUGGAUAAUUAGACCUGAUAUCGUGGUGGGGGAGACUGCUAUUCUUCCAGCUGAAUUCGCGGAGAAAGCAAAGGAAAGAGGGACGAUAGCAAGUUGGUGCCCACAAGAACAAGUAUUGAACCACCCCGCUGUAGGAGGGUUCUUAACGCAUAGUGGAUGGAACUCCACCAUCGAGAGCUUGUCGGCGGGAGUACCCAUGAUUUGCUGGCCAUUUUUCGGGGAUCAGCAGACCAACUGCAAAUUCUCUUGCACUACAUGGGAGGUUGGAAUGAGAAUCAAUAAUGAUGUGAAAAGAGAUGAAGUAGAAGCGCUUGUGAGGGAGUUAAUGGAUGGGGACAAGGGGAAGAAAAUGAAGAACAAGGCCAUGGAGUGGAAGAAAUUGGCGGAGAAGGCCGCAGGUCCAGGUGGAUCCUCAUCCUUGAAUUUGGACAAAUUCCUCAAAGGAUUGCUACCGGGAAAGUAG